ACGCGCGCGCGUGCACUGGGUUGCGCGCGCCCGCGCCCUGGCGGGAGCGCGCGCGCGCGCGAACUGCAACUAAGUGGAAGUCGUCGGGACUCGGGAGAGGAAUGGCGGCGUCUCGGCUCCUCUUGCUGUUUCUCCCCGGUUUGCUCCUCGUGUGGAAUGAUUGUCGCGGAGCAACGCUCGCGGGCAACAGGAGGAACAACCAGGAACGAUGUGGCUUCAAGAUGCAGCCCGGGGCCGACGGAGGUCGCAAGUUGGCCGUCACGCUCAGAAGCGAUAACUGCUCGUUGAACACUCCGUCGGGCAAGCACGUCAUCCACGAGGUGGCCAACGUCUCCUUCACGCAUCUGGCCUGCGACGACCAAGCCGGUGUGGUCGUCCAUUGGUCUGCCAGUCCGCUAGGAAUCGAACACAUCAAAGGCUUCCGGGUGUAUCUGGAGGACAAGAACCCCGACGGCAAACGCUGCCAACAUCUCGUCCUCAAAGACCCGCGCCAGCUCAACUUCUCCUACAAGAACACGAAGCUGAGCAGCCAGCCGUUCGGCGGCCUGAGCUUCGACACGGACUACAUGGUCCGCGUGGUUCCGUUCCCCACGCUGAUGAACGACAGCUUCUUCCCGCCGUCGUUCCUCAGGACGAACUCCUGUGAAGUCCUGCUGGGCUCUGAAAACCUGGUCUGUAAACCAUUCUGGAAGCCGAAGACGCUGAGCGUGUCCCAGGUGGGCUCCAAGCUCCACGUGAGCUUCGAGCAGGCCCCACCCUCCUUCGCCUUCCACCUCUACUACGUUUACUACAAGCUGCGGCAGGACGGACCCUUCAGACUGCAGCGCUGCAAGCCCGAGGGGAACCUGCUGAAGACCACCUGCGUCCUCCAGGACGUCACUCCGGGGACGUACACCAUCGAGUUACGAGAUGAAAGAAACACCACCAGGAGGCAGACUCAGUACUACGUAAGCCAAGUGCACUCCCCGUGGGCGGGGCCCAUCCGCGCCAUGGCCAUCACGGUGCCGCUGGUCAUCAUGUCGGCCUUCGCCACGCUCUUCACCGUCAUGUGCCGCAAGAAGCAGCAAGAAAACAUCUACAGCCAGCUGGACGAGGAGAGCAGCGAGUCGUCCAAUCAGAGCGCGGCGUCCAGCGCCGACAGGCCGCGGCCCCGCCCCAAAGUCUUCGUCUGCUACUCGGACCGAGACGGGCCCGAGCACGCCGGCGUCAUCCAGAGCUUCGCGUACUUCCUUCAGGACUUCUGCGGCUGCGAGGUGGUGCUGGACCUGUGGGAACAUCUGGAGAUGUGCCGGGAAGGUCCGAUGUCGUGGCUCAGCAGGCAGCUGGACGAGGCCAACUUCAUCAUAACAGUCUGCUCCAAAGGACUGCGUUACUUUGUGGAGAGGAAGAGCCGCAGAGGAAAGACGCCGGUGGGUCGUCGUGGCAACGGCGACGUCAGCUGCCCGUCGGCGGGGUCCGGCGGCGGCGACCUGUUCGUGGCGAGCGUGGCCAUGAUCGGCGAGAAGUUGCGGCAGGCCAACCGGAAGGAGAAGGAGGACGAGGGGCGGGGCAAAGCCGGCGACCUGCGGCGGUUCGCCGCAGUCUAUUUCGACUACUCCACCGAGAACGACAUUCCCGCCGUGCUCAGUCUGGCGCCCAGGUUCAAGCUGAUGGACCAGCUGCCCCAGCUGUUGGCCCGCCUCCACUCGGGCCAGGCGGGUCCAUCCCAGCACGAGUCUCAGCCCCUCAACGUGUCUCGGAGGAACUAUUUCCGGAGCAAGUCGGGCCGCUCGCUUUACGUGGCCAUCUGCAACAUGCACCAGCGCGUCAGCCAAAACCCCGACCGGCUCCACAAGCACUCCGCUUCCCGUUCCUCCUCGCUGCCGCCUCCUCCUCCUCCGUUUCCCGCCGCUCAGGUUACCUCGCCGGACAGCGGCCUGGUUCUGAACCGGGUGCUGGCGAGGACGCCCGACAGCGGCGAGGGGACGGCCACGAAGAACGCGGUCUCGCCGGCCGCCGCCUCCUCUGUCAGCAUCAACCUUAGCCUCCGAUCCAGCCCGAGUCAGAGUCCACUUCCUAGUCCUGCUCCAGUCCUUCCUCGGGGUUCUCCGUCCAAGCUGGAAUACGCGUCCAGAACGUCGUCCGCGACCCCCCCGGAGGAGGCGGCAAAUCCGCCUCGCAUCAGUCAAGACGAGGACGGCGAGGAGGCCCCGCCCCCGCAGGACGCCUCGGACCGGCCAGCUCGUCCCGAGCCGCCGCCCCCGCGCGACUCCGGCAUCUACGAGUCGUCGGUGCCGUCGUCCGAGUUGUCCAUCCCCUUGAUGGAAGGCCUGUCGCACGAGCGGGCCGACUCGUCCUCCCUGGCGGAGAGCGAGUCGUCCUCGUCCGGUUUGGGUGACGAGGAGCCGCCGGUCGUCACGUCGCUGGGCUGCGGCGCCUCCGAGGUCCGGAAAGCGGAGCUGCGCCGCUCGGAGCCCGACGCUGGACCGGAAACGGCCGUCUCGCUGUAACCUGCGGAAUUGUCCAAUCAACCUUGGGGGGGUGUCGUAACCGUGGUAACCAGUGUCAAGGACUACGCCAGUGGAAUAUGGGGUCACCGGCGCCAGGAACAUUUGCGAUUUCACGGCAUUUUAAGUAUUUCGCUGCCUGAAGGGAGCUCGUGGAUAUUUGGCACGCAGGCACUUUUUCCCCACCCCCCAAAAUUGUUUUCGUGGGAUGCCGCUGCCGGAACCAUUCCUCAUUUUUUGUCUGAUGUAUGAAGAUUAGAAGUUGUUUUUCAACAUUUGAAGACAUGUUGCUGACUUGAUAGCAUUUCAACUGAAACUUUUUUUUUUCUUCUUAUUUUCCCCAAGGGACACUAAAAAUUGAUUUUAGAAAAUGGAGGGGAAAAAAAGGGACAGCAUUUCCCAAUUGUAUAUAGAUUUUUUUUUUUUUUUUUUUUUACAUUUUUGCUGGAAGUGUUUACUUUUUAUAUAUAUUUUUUCUCUGCAUUGUCUCAAUGUACUGUUUUAUAGUACCUUAAUGUAGGAAAUUAAAAAAUUCUAACUUGU